CAUAAUUUUAGCCAAUCAGAUCUGUCAGACACAUGUCUGCUAAGUUGCACAAUUAGUGUAAUAUGAUGUUUUAUAGAUUUUUGGUAUUUACGACUCUGUGAUGAAUAUGGUGGAAUAAGAUGUGAUUUAAAUGGCAAGGAAUCAUACUGUACGCAUUCUGUACUCUGAUUUUGAUACGGAAAUGGUAAUAAACCAGUUAUAGCUCUUUGUUUUUAUUGGUAUGAUGAUUUAUGGAACUCAGAUAAGCAAUAUCGACAGAGGCCAGACGCCCAGAUUGAUAUUGGUUAUCUACGCUCCAUAAAUCAUCAAAUCAAUCAAAACAAAGAGUCAUAAUUGUGUAAUAUCAGAAACAAUAAAGUUAUAAUAUUAUCAGAAGCAAGUGUAACAUGUAUGCUGUUUUGUCCAGUGUCAUACAGCCCUGCCAGCACCCUCUACAAGUAUUACACCGGUGAUCUCCCUUGGAACGCCAUGUUGGACUGGUUGUCAGAGGACAAAGAGCUGUAUACACUUGUCCUCAAGUGCUUUAGGUAUGGGUUUAAGCUGAUGUUGGAUCAGAUGUUAUUGGGAGAGGUGACUUCAUCCGAGGAAUUACAGGAAUAUAUGGAGGAAUAUGACCGUGAUUGGUACAUAGGACUGGAAUCAGAUGAACAAUGGAAGUCUGCUGUACUGGCCAGCAAACCAAAUCUCUUCUCUCUUGGUCAUAACAAUCAACAGGGGACGUACACAAGUCGAGUGUUGUCAUUGCAAGAAGUGGCGGCCCAUAUUGGCCGACUCAACACAGAGGUAGUCCGGGGACAGUGGGCAAAUCUUAGCCUGGAGUUGUUGUAUUUCACUAACGAUGAUGAGGAGCGCUAUAGUAUCCAAGCCCACCCCACAGUUCUCAGGAACCUCACUGUACAGUCAGCAGACCCACCUCUAGGCUAUCCUAUCUUUUCAUCUCCUCCAAUCAGCAUUCCUACUAUCUGAGGGGUCAAAGAUCAACAUAAAUGACCCUCAACCCAUCAGCAUCCCCACCAUCUAGGGGGUCAAAGAUCAACAUAGAUGACCCUCAACCCAUCAGCAUCCCAACCGUCUGAGAGGUCAAAGAUCAGUUCAAAAUCUGUUCAGCCGAUCAUCAUAUACACCAUCUAUGAGGCAUCUCCACCAUCUCAAAGGGAAAUGUCAGCAGCCUCAGCAAUGGAUUUGGGCUAGUUUUAAUUACUAUGAUUAUGUUAGGAUACAAUGGUUGAGGUUGAAACAUUAUAAACUACAGCUUGGGAAACACAUGAUACAAUAUUAUAAGAAUUAUGUCACAAUUCAUGUCAUAAUAAAGUAGCGUAACCAUUCUGUCAUGAUGGUACUAAUGUAACAAGGAAUCGUGAUUUGAAAAUUUGAAAUGUUUAUAAGGAUUGUAAAACGGUUUAUUAAAUUCUGUCUCAUUUUGAAUGUGAGUGACAUCACUAGUCUAUUCCACGACAGAGUGACCUACCCUUUAAACAACCAGAAGUCAUUGUGUUUAACUGUUAUGCAAUAGAGAUAAUCUUAUUGUGAAUUCGGUGACAGUAUACAUGUAUCAUGAUUUCACAGCAGAGUUAUUCCACCUCCCCCUACAAUGGUCUGGAUGGUCAGUUGAUUACCAACAUUUCAUCACCCGUUAGCUAGCACUGAAAUAUUUGUAAAUUGAGAUUUGUAUCUUUUAAACCCUCAGCGGACCAUUUUGUUACAUAUUUCUAUUGAUAUCUAUGUAUCAAUUGGAAGCACAUGCUUUGUAUAGCUCUAGUCUAUGUUGAACUACUGUAUAGCACCGAUCCUAUGUCUUACAUUGCUC